AUGGCAUCAAAUAAUACAGUACAAGUAAACAUCGAGGAACAUAAACGAAAACUGUUCAUACAGAAUAUCAGCUCUGAAACAACGCAGCAAUCAUUACGACGUUAUUUUUCCGGCUAUCCCAUCGAUCGAGCUGCUGUUCCAAAAAAUGACAAAGGACACACCCGAUUGCAUGGAAUUGUUACAUUUGCGAAUGAAGCAAGUGUCGAUGCUGUGAUGGAACAACGUGGUCAUCGAAUUGAUGGUAAGGAAGUUUUCAUUCAUCGAUCAGUUCCAAAUCAAGGAGCGUCACUCAAAGACAGCUGUGGAAUUCAACAACUGAUUGUUUCGAUUUCAAAUAAUCGGACAUUAACUGGAACAACGAUUCAGGAAUAUUUUAAAGCAUAUGGCACAAUUGUUCACAGUGAUUGUAGCAACGAUGGUAAAGACUGGACGAUUGACUUUGAUUAUUAUGAUUCAGUGGAUCGAAUUUUGCUGGAUUGUCCGCAUUGUAUUGGUGACGUUGAUGUGGAAGUGAAGAAAGGUAAUCGGCGAUCAUUAAUGCAAGAAAAAACCACCAUUACCGAGAGUAUACCAAGAAAAUCCAGUUUAAAACAAGUGAAAAUGAAUGAUACCGUUGCAUGUAUAUAUAUACCUGAAAAACGAUAUCGUGUUCAUAUCACAAACUUACCGAAUGAUAUAAAUGCUGAAGAGUUGUCACGAGAAUUUACUUGGAGUAUUUACGAUAUUGUUAUGGCUCCAUCCGACAAUUAUUUUAAUAGAAAAGCCGAAUGCUGGUUAAAAUAUGCGGAUAAUGAACGAGUCAUAAACAAUUUUAUUACAAAAUGGCAUGAAAAGAGCAUUCACCAAUCAGUUAUUCAUUGUGAAAAAGAAGAAGAUGAGUUGGAGUUAUGUAACAAAUUUCAAUUUGGUCAGUGUACACAGGACAACGACUGCCACUGGGAACAUAUAAAGUGUACAGCAAACGGCACCUGUGCAUCGACGUGCCCUUAUGGUCAUGAAAAAUAUGUGAAGUCUGAGCAUAGUUAUCUAAAUGACAUAAAACCAACGUCUACUACUUAUCGAAUCAAAAUGAGUGGCUUUCAAAAAGAGGUAACACCUGAUUAUCUCAAGCAAACAUUCGGUUCAAACAAUUAUUAUAUUGACCGAAAACACGAUCGUGUUGGUUAUGUAGUAAAAAUCAAAACGAUGAAGUUUGCAAAAAAAUUAAUGAGCAAAUGGCAUAACGUGAAUAUCGAUGAACAAACUAUAAAAUGUCAACUAGAACUGAAUCCAGUACUAUCUAAUUCAGUUAGUCGCUCUCGAUCAGAAACAGCAUCGCUGAAUGGAGAAGAAAAACGUCAACGUUCUCGUAGUCGUCCGCAAGAUACAUAUAGUCUACGAAGCAAUCUAGAGAUGAAUAAGGAUAGCACUAGUGACUUCACGUCCAAAUCAUUCGAUAACAAAGAACUGGGCCGAGACGAUCGUAUUUCAGGUAAAGCUAUGCGUGAUGCUACCCGUGUUUCAUCUCAACCCAAUAUUGCAUCAACGAUCAACGGCACAAAACACACAUCACCGAGUGGUGUAUGGAAAGAUGAAUGGGAAAUAGCACACAAAGCAUCGCACAGUGAUGGGAAAGUACUUCUCAUACGGCAUAUUGAAGAUCGAGAACUGACUACCAUGAAAAGUCCCAAAGAUGUCAAAGGUGUUAGUCAUUUGAUUGAGCCCGAUAGCGCGUCAAACAAUAUCGCCCGACCACAUGCAGCCAACGACAAACAAUGGAUGAUCACGGAGCGAGCACCAGGGUGUUCAUUGGAAGAAUUCAUCCAACGCAACGCUAUAAAUGAUCUUAACAUGCUAUCCAUCGUUCAACUGACACUCAAACUGACUGGUAUUCUACGAGACCUUCAUCGUAAAAAGAUCUUUCAUCAAAAUCUCUCACCAAAAAAUAUCAUGAUUGAAUGGGAUCGCAAUCGUUCGAUGAAUGAUGCUCAACUGACGGUGAUCAAUUUCAGUCAAGCAGUUAGGGCAUCCAACAGAACACACAUCGCAACAACUUCAUCAGCAAACAAAUGGUAUGAUGCACCACAAUCAAAUGACGAGGCAUUUGUUUCGACAGUUGAUGCAUCUGACGUUUGUGGUAUUCUCUUCUGGUUGUUGACAAAGAACAAACCAGUACGUAGCAGAGCUGAACUACCUCAUCAACAGUUUUACGAUAGAAUCAAUGAUGUUAGCAGGAAUGCUGCUCAAGCCAUUGGUAUGUGUCCAGAGUUGAAUGCUUUGCAUUUAGAUACAAGAAGAACGGCUACUCUUGGAGAUCAACUCAAGAAGUAUCUGUUGAAUACAUUUGAUCGUGCUUUCGGUUAUCCGGGUCAUCAUCCAUGGACACUCGAUGAUCUCGAAUGUCGUCUCAAGUCAAUUCUUCAUCUACUCAUCCCGGUCGAACCGAAACUUGAUGCAGUAGAUGGUAUUAUUCAGGAGUUGAUUUUCAUCUCCAAUCCAUCAACAGUUACUUCGACCGUGAUGGACAAUGUUUACGACGAGAAGUUUGAAAAGGCAUCGCAAGCAUUCUAUCAAGCGAAGAAACAUUUCAUUGAUAGCGGACGAAAUCAAUAUGAAUGGUCGUAUGGUUGUUGUACAUGGAUUCAUCACCCGCAGAAAUCGAUAAAUGAAUGUUACAAUGAUGAUAUACUCACAUAUCAUUCGAGUCGAGGAGGAACAACAACUACUUAUUCAAUAAUUGUUAGAUGUUUAGCAAAAUGUAGUGAAGAAGGUCGAGUGAUUGUAUUAUCGAUCAGUAGUGAUGUAAACGGCAGAACGAUCGAAAUUCCAAUCGGCGAAUAUUCGACAGCUCAGAAUUAUCAUAAGGAUGUGGUUGAACUUUUUCAAGUAGAACUAAAAAAUCUACUCUUGGCUGUUUAUAUCGAACGCACUUCCUUGAUUCCAAAAUCUUAG